AUGCAAUUGAAGAAACUGUUCCAUCGGCCUGCAAAAGGGCCGCCCGGUGCCGUGGCACUUGCCUUGUGCGUAGGCCCGGCAAAAGAUCGCAUUUGGUCAAAGAGGCGCCCGGAAGCAAGUAGCGUGGCGCAUAAAUCAAAUGUGGGGCUUGGCGUCACUCACAUUGAUGAUGUUCUAUUGCAACGCGCGAAUGAGCCUCAUCUGGUGGAAAUUGUAAGGGUUGGCGUGAACCAAGGGCAGCAUGGCAAAUCUACAUGUUUGCACCUAAUGACCUCGUGGGAGUGGAGAACCACUAGGCAGAGUUGA